CAUAGGAACAUCCAGCCAAUCAUCUGUGAACAGCUCUGAGUGAAAGGCAAAGCUGACUCAACAUGGCUCGGCUAACAAUUUUGGCUGGGCUGUCCCUUUUGAUGAGUCUCCAGAUGGUGUCUUCUACCAAACUGGUGUGCUACUUCACCAACUGGUCCCAGUAUAGACCAGCGGCCGGCAAAUAUCUGCCUGCACACGUAGACCCCAACCUCUGCACACACCUGAUCUACGCAUUUUCAAUUAUCAACCAUGCUAAUGAGCUGACAACCUACGAGUGGAAUGAUGAUGUUCUCUACAAAUCCUUCAAUGAACUGAAGAAUAGUAACCCCCAGCUGAAGACUCUGCUGGCUGUUGGCGGGUGGAACUUUGGAACUACACAAUUUACAACCAUGGUUACAUCUCCUGACAACCGCCAGAGAUUCAUCCAGUCGUCCAUCAGAUUCUUGAGAAUGCAUGGCUUCGAUGGGCUGGAUCUGGACUGGGAGUAUCCUGGAGCACGAGGAAGCCCACCAGAGGACAAGAAGAGGUUCACAGUGCUCUGCCAGGAAUUACUCGCCGCCUUUGAAAAAGAAGCUGUUGAGAACAGAGUACCACGACUGCUGCUCACUGCUGCAGUGGCUGCUGGGAAAGGAAACAUUGACAAUGGAUAUGAGAUUGCUGAAGUCUCAAAGUUUCUAGACUUCAUCAAUGUCAUGAGCUACGACAUGCACGGAGCCUGGGACCCGAUCACUGGUCACAACAGCCCUCUGUACCGCGGCUCUUCCGAUAAGGGCGACAACAUCUUCUACAAUGUGGACUUUGCUAUGAAACACUGGAGAGACCAAGGAGCCCCUCUUGAAAAGCUCCUUGUUGGUUUAACUACAUAUGGACGCACAUUUCGCACAUCAUCAGCUGCUAACGGUGUCGGAGCACCAGCCAGCGGAGCAGCCUCUGCUGGGCCCUACACCCGUGAAUCUGGGUUUUGGUCUUACUACGAGAUCUGCACUUUCCUCCAAGGAGCCAGUCUCAACUGGAUUGAUGAGCAGAUGGUGCCCUAUGCCGUUAAAGGAAAUGAGUGGGUUGGGUUUGAUAACAAGCAGAGCUUUGAAAUCAAGGCACAGUAUAUGAAAGAUAACAAAUUUGGAGGAGCCUUCAUCUGGGCUCUGGAUCUGGAUGAUUUUACUGGACAGUUCUGUGGCCAGGGAAAGUAUCCCCUCAUCAGUUAUCUGCGCUCUCUUAUGGAUUCAGAUUUUCCACCUCCACCUCAUGUAACCACACGUCCACCGGUGAUCACUACGAUCCAUUCUGACUCAACCAGCAGCACAACAUCUACCUCCGCUCCUACAACUACGACUGCCAAAACUUCCACCACAACUGUUGUUUCUGGAAGUGGCUUUUGUGCUGGGAAGGCUGACGGCCUGUACAUAAAUGACAAGAACCUCAGCUCCUUCUAUCAGUGCUUCGGUGGAAACACAUUCCUCCAGCUGUGUCCAGCUAAUCUUGUUUUCAGCAAAAAAUGCAACUGCUGCGACUGGCCUUAA